CACUGGGGUUCUCUCCAACAGCUGGUCCUUGGGGACCAGCCUGGGCAAGCCUGCCCAGCUGGUGUCACCUUCUUGGUGGCCUCACCAAUGGCCAUGCCUCUCAGGAGUUUGGGUUUUCUAGGAAUUCUUCACUGGAGGAGAAAAAUUGGUCCAGAAGUGUGAGUGGGCAGAGGAUGCCUGGCAGCAAGGGCAGCACCAGAAAGGCUGCUGGAAACUGUUGGUGUGGACCCAAGGGUAAAAAUUAGGGAGGCUGUGCUUGCUAGUGAACCUCUGGGUUACAGCAGCUUUGGGUGGGCAUCUCUGCCCAGGAUGUGCAGGUGCCUCCUUUCCGCUCCUGGGCUGCUGCUGUGCCCUGUCACUUCCCGGGUGGCAACUUUAAACAUUUUUGCAUUCACCUUAACUUACAGUGGCAGAAAUUGUUUGUGGUCUGCUUACCUAGAUGGAGAACAGAGAUUACCCUGGGAUCAUCCUGUGGCAGCUGCAGCCUUUACACCAAGAUGCCCAAGAGGAAAUCCUCCUGGAGCGAGGUGGCCGUUCCUCCCUGCAUGCCUCAGCCCAGCUGAUACAGGAGGUCCAGCACAAACUCCACACGAAGGGAGGUUCAGAACCCUGCAGGUCCUCGUCCUGCUCAUGGAUCUGAAUUCAGACUCGGUGUGUUCGUGUAAUACAAGAUGAGGUGGGUAAGUGGAAGUCAUGGAUUUUGCCAGGCCAACUGCUACAGCUGGGAGAAGUAAACAAGAUUUGAGUGCCCUGACCCUCCUUCAGGUAUGUGCAUCUAUAUAUAGGGCUGUCUAAAUAUACAUGUCUAUAUAUAAUGUGUGUGCAUAUAGCUGUGUGGAUAUAUAUAUGUGCUGAGAAAUGGUUUGAAAUUGCAGCAAUGCUGUGAGAUCAUCUCUGCUUGCACCAGGCUGUGCCAGGUGUCAGCCAGGCAGGAUACGGCCCCUUAAGUGCGCGUCUCUCCCUGUUCCCCCAACCUUCAGCUUCCUGGGAAUGCGAAGGUCACUCUCCAGCGUGCCACCCGCUCUGCCUCCUUCCUGCUGAACCCGAUCCCCGGGUGUGUGGCCUGGCCAAGUCCGCUGGCCAGAGCCACCCCUGGGGAUGGCUGGGGAGUGGUUACCAGGUGGGAUUUAGGGGAGUACACAGGUUGGCAGGAGCACUGAGGGCACAGAGGUGCAGGCUGGGCAGGGUGGGUUUGGCCCGUGUUGACUUUUGUAGACGUGAGGUUUUCCCGGUGGCUUCAGGGGCCUCGAGCAGCCCCAGGAGCUGAGAAAAGCGGAAUCCGCUCAGAGCUGUGCGGUGUGAUGGAUGGGCUGUCGCCGCGGGGUCCCCUCCUGCACCGAGGUGCUGUGUGGCAGAGUUGCCUUUGUAAUUGGGAAGAAAUACGGCUGCCAGAGCUGGGGGGCACCUGGCACGUGUGUGGGUCGCUGCGCCCGCAGCAGGAGGCCGGGCUGCGUACCCCCGCCUGGGAACCGCGGGGAAUGUUGGGCACAGACAAGGGGCAGAGCUUCCCUGCAGGCUGUGAGAUGCUGUCAGGGUCGUGGUGGGGACCCUCACCCCCAAGAGCUGCUCUCAAGGGCGGAGCAUGGCUGUCCUGCCCCAGGUGGGAUGGAGAGCAGCUUUGGCGGCUCGGGGGGCUGCCCUCAGCCCCACUCCCGAGCCCCCCGCCCGAGUCUGGGCUGGGCUGGGCGUGCAGCUGCCGUGUCACCCCCCGAACCCCGGGCGGGGGGCUGCAACUCGACCCUGUCCCCAGGGUCCCGCGGCCCCGUCCCGGCGAGGCGGACAAGUUAAUUCCCAGAUGGAUGCGCCCCCGAGCCCCGCAUCUGCCGCGGGUACGGGGCAGGGGGGGCUGGCGGGGCCGGGCACAGGUGCGGGGCCGCCGCCCGGUUAUAAAUAGCGGGGAGGGGCGGCCCGGCUCCCCCCCGUGCCCGGUUCCCCCCGCCGGGGCUCAGAGCGGAGCGGGAUGCGGCGCCCGCCCUCCCUCCUCCCGCCCGCCGGCACCAUGAGCCCGUCCUUCCUCCUUCUCCUCCUCCUCCUCGCCCUGCCCGCCCGCUCCCGGCGGGAGCAGGUGCCCGGCGGGGCGCAGCGGGGCCGCAACGCCCCCACGCCUUCCUCCUCCUCUUCCUCCUCCUCCCCGGCGGCGGCGGCGGGGCCGAGCCGCUUCCCGCGGAGCCGCCCGGAGCGGCGGCGGGGCCGCCUGUACUGCCGGGUGGGCAUCGGCUUCCACCUCCAGCUGCACCCCGACGGCCGCGUGGACGGCGCCCACGACGCGAGUCCGCUAAGUAUUUUGGAAAUAUUUGCUGUGUCUCAGGGGAUUGUAGGAAUACGAGGAGUUUUCAGCAACAAAUUUUUAGCGAUGUCAAAAAAAGGAAAACUCCAUGCAAGUGCCCGGUUCACAGCAGACUGCCAUUUCCGGGAGCGCUUCCAGGAGAACAGCUACAACACCUACGCCUCGGCCGUGCACCGCAGCCCGCGCUCGGGGCGCCAGUGGUACGUGGCCCUCAACAAGCGGGGCAAAGCCAAGCGGGGCUGCAGCCCCCGUGCCCGGCCCCAGCACGUCUCCACGCACUUCCUGCCCCGCUUCUGGCAGCCGCAGCCCCCUGAGCUCACCUUCACCGUCGCCCUCCCUGAGAAGAAGCCCCCGCCGCCGAAGCCAAAGCUCCCCCCAUCCCCGCCUCGGAAGAACCCCGGCCCCGUCAAGUACCGGCUGAAGUUCCGCUUCGGGUAGUGCCACAGUGGGGAUGCCGGCGCCGGAGAGACCGAGCAGCCUUCGGGGCUGACCCCACGGGAGACCUGCGUCCCCCUCCCCAGAUGGACACGGGAGAUCUCCAGGUCUUCUCUUCACCACCCGAGCAUCCCCGGAGGUGUGUGUUGGGCUGACACAACUCGGGCUUUCCAAAGAGUAUUCCUGUGGUGAACUGAAAACACUGCAUGGACCUCGGGUUAGUGUUCUGAUGCUGAAAGAUGCAGAAAGGUACCUCUACGGCGAACGUAUUUUUUUACCUUGUUUUCACUAGUGACUUCUUUGACAAUCAUUUUCAUACGAGAGAUGCUCAGAGCCAAGCAGUUUUGUUUGUUUUUCUUGCAUCUCCUUCUUGCUGCACUUUUUCCUCCAACCUUACCUCAGACACCGGAUAUCCAGGUCUGCCCCUUCCCCUUCUCCUACAAACCAGCUCCUCCCUUCCACAACAAAAGAGCAAGACCAAGCUCUGCAAAUUCACUCAUCUUAUGGUGCAAGGGGAGUGGGUAUUAAAACUCCCUGUUGGCAAUAAUAGAUACCUGUAUGUAUUUUUUAAGGGUUGCAGGCUUGGGGAGGGCGGCUGUUUGCAGCCCCGCUCCCGGGGUCUCUCCUGUUCUUCCCUGGACAGCCAGAGGAGCGAGUCUACUUCUGUAUGUCCAAGUAUGGAUUUGAUAUCUGUGUUUAAAUUACCUCUGCCCCGGUGCUGGGGCAUUUCUGUUGCCUGGUAGAGCCCCUCCACACCCCUGCUCCCUGGGGACAGGGACACCUGUGGCCCUUGGGUGCCUGCUGGUUUCUUCCAACAGUUUUUGCUGCUGAUUUAUUUUACCAUUCACAAUACAUUUGCAGAGGUGGGGAUCCAGGGUUUUAUUUUACAGUGAGCGUGGCGAUGUGGCAAUAAAUACCGUUACAGCUGCUUGUCCCUUUGGAAGUGUUUUUCCAGGUUGCUAAUGGCCUCGAUGUUGAAUUGUUUCUCUGUGUGAUGUACUCUGUGGAGUCAUUGUGCCUAUGGAGUUUGUAAUCAGUGUUUAGCUGAGCUGCUGUACGUACAGACAACGGUAGCAUCGAACCUCACCGGUGAAGCCUUAAUAGGAGCCCAGGUGGGUUCACGUGGGCAGAACCCCUCCAGACCUGACCUGCCAGUGUCCGGCAGCAACAACGAGGGUGAGCGGCAGGGCUGAGCCUCUUCUCCAAAUGUGAUUGUGGUACAAAUGACUGUUUGCACUGGGAUCCCAGUUCUUUGCCUCUCAUCCUUCUGGGCAGCCCCUCCUGGACACGCACACUCCACGUACGGGGACGGAUGGCCCCGCUGGAAUAAAAGAGUUGUGUUUCAUUUUAUAA